CAGGCAAGACAAGAACAGGACAGCAGCAUCUGCAACAGAGAAGAAAGAUUUUGGUAUCUCUGCCGAUUAAUUCUCUGCAAUUGUAUUGACAUAAAAUAGCAACCACCAAACGCAAAACAAAAAGUUAAAUUAAAUACACAAUGAAGUUCGCAUCAACAGCCGUAUUGUCUCUGCUUCUGGCAGAGAAAGUAAACGCCUUCUCUCCUUUCACACCWGUCACAUCCACAAAGAAUAGCUACAGAUCCUCAUCGACGCUGUCCAUGGCGCUCGAUGUUGACGUAGACGCUGUCUCCGCUCCACCRUCAGUCUCUACACCAGCUCCCGCUGUAGAAAUGGUUGUGAAGAACCCCAACGGAGGACCUACAGAUGUCAGAUAUUCCGAAUUYUUGAGACUUGUCGAUGCSGACAAGAUCGAGAAGGUUACCUUCUCUGCCGACGGAACACAAUUGUUGGGAGUCGAUGUUGACGGAACCCGACUCAAGCUCCCUUCGCUUCCAAAUGAUCCCGACCUUCUCCAGCAAUUGACCGCCCACAAGGUAYGAAUAGCGAACUCAAUACGUUUCAAUCCUUUUGCCCUCCGCAACGAAGUGUUUGGAAUUCCUUGAAAUAUCUCACCCACACAAUUGCCYCUUGCCACGAAAUAUUUUACAGGUCGACGUUACCGUCCUCCCUCAGCAGGAAGCUAGUGGACUUGGAGAUCUCGCCCAGUCCCUUAUCUUCCCUGCAGCCCUUUUCGCUGGUCUCUUCUUUUUGAGCCGAGGAAGCCAGCAGGGUGGCAUGCCCGGUGGGGGCCCCGCAGGAAUGGGAGGCAUGGGCGGAUUCGGAAAAUCCAAGGCCGAAAUUCAGAUGGUUCCAGACACUGGUGUCACCUUUGACGAUGUCGCUGGAUGUGACGGAGCAAAGCUUGAAUUGGCUGAGGUCGUCGAUUUYUUGAAGCAACCUGAAGCCUACACCAAGAACGGCUGCCGUAUCCCCCGUGGUGUUAUCCUUGACGGACCUCCUGGAACCGGUAAGACCCUCCUCGCCAAGGCUGUUGCUGGAGAGGCGGGUGUUCCGUUCAUCUCCAUCAGUGGUUCUGAAUUCGUUGAGAUGUUCGUCGGUGUUGGAGCCUCUCGAGUCCGUGAUAUUUUCGGACAAGCCAAGAAGAACGCCCCUUGCAUUAUCUUCAUCGAUGAAAUUGAUGCCGUCGGUCGCCAACGUGGAGGUGGCCAAGGAGGAGGUAAUGACGAACGUGAACAAACAAUUAACCAGAUCCUUGUUGAGAUGGAUGGUUUUGACGGUAACCCMGGAAUUAUUACCAUUGCCGCCACCAAUCGUAUCGAUAUCCUYGAUCAAGCUUUGCUUCGACCUGGUCGUUUCGAUCGAAAGGUCACUGUCGAUCUCCCUGACUUYAAGGGACGCACACGAAUCCUUGGUGUSCACUCCCGUGGCAAGCCUUUGGAACCCGAUGUUGACCUCGAAGCCAUCUCUCGUCGAACACCAGGAUACUCUGGAGCUCAGCUCGAGAACCUCAUGAACGAAGCCGCCAUUUCGGCCGCUCGCCAAGAGAAGUCCUCUAUUGGAUGGGAUGAAAUUGACCGUGCCGUCGAUCGUUUGAUGGUUGGUCUGGAAAAGAAGGGUGGAAACCCUGAARCCAAAUCCAAAGAAAUGGUAGCCUAUCACGAGGCCGGACACGCUGUCGUUGGAGCUUUGGUUCCCGAUUACGAUCAAGUCCAAAAGAUCUCCAUCAUCCCUCGUUCCAACGGAGCAGGUGGUUUGACUUUCUUCGCCCCACAAGAAGGACGAUUGGAAUCUGGCAUGUACAGCAUCCAAUACUUCGAAUCGCAAUUAGCUGUUGCCUUGGGAGGACGUCUGGCAGAAGAGAUCAUCUACGGAGAAGAUCGUGUCACAACCGGUGCUUCCAAUGAUAUUCAACAAGUUGCYAAUAUUGCCAAGCAAAUGGUCACUCAAUGGGGAAUGAGUGACAAGGUUGGUUCCGUUGUUAUCGAUGAAGGUGGUAUGUCUGCUAUGCAAAUGAUGAUGAUGGGGGGUAGUGGCUCUCUCUGGGGUGAUGUUAAGUUGAAGGAAGUCGAAGAAGAAGUCGAGCGAUUGGUGAACAACAGUUACUUGUUGGCGAAGAAGAUUCUUCUCGAAAACAGGGAYCUUUUCGAAGAAUUGACAGCAGCACUUAUGGAACGAGAGGUCGUUUCGGCAGAAGAAUUCCAAAUGAUGCUUUACGAGAACAACUCGAAGGUUGUUGACUACAAACUCAUCGGACAAGAGCGAAACCGAGAGUCACUGCCCUUCCAAACACUUCCAAACGCCUACUAAAUAAAUUCUACACACACUCAUCCACCAACCAUUGAAAUAAUAGCACUCAAGAAAAUAAAAAUCAUUUUUGAAUUAAUCUGACAAUAGUUA